UGGAACGCAUAAUGACCAUACGAGACAUGUGGUGGAACGCAAGGGUCUAGAAGCUGUGAAAUUCCAACUGUUCAGCCUAGGUACUAUUUUCUAUUUAGUGCAUUGCUUAUGUUCCUUGCAAUAUGGAAUCAAGUGAUUGGCAGAUGGUCAAGAAGAAGAAGGCCUGUAGGAAAUCGCCCAGGAGAAAGGAACCUCUCGGUUGUGCAGUUGAUCUGCUGUUUCCUCAGCUUCACAUCUCUGAUCCCAUACAAGAUUUAAGUAAAGUUACAAAAAGAAUUAAUGAAACCAUGGAGAGCCUGAAAGUGUCGGAAUUUUGGAAUUCUUUUCAAAAUUGUCUUCAGCAAUGUCCAUACAUUCUGCCUGUCCCAUCAGAUGAAUGUAAAGAAAAUGAACACAAUAAGACAACACACAAAGAUGAAAGGUGCACAUCGAGGCAAAACCUAGACAUUGUCUGUUAUGGUCUUGGGAAUUUUUCCUCUUGUGUAAUCUCUUUACACCAACUGGCUUUAUUACUUUUGUUACUGGAAAGGCUACAGAUACCAAAGUGCCAGUCCUAUAUUUUCGAUCCACUGUUUACUGUAUUGGAGAUUUCUGUCCUUCAGAAGUUUGGAUUAACUGUUGUUUCAGAAAAUGAGGAGGGAAAGUAUAAAGUUUGUAGACAUACAGUGUUCUAUAUGCCGCAUUGUGGGAAGGCACUCUACAAUAAUCUGCUAUGGAGAAACUGGUUACAGAACUCAUUGUCCAACAUUAUCAUAAUUGGCAACAGUUUUAAGGGAAUUGAAGAAAGAUUAUUGUCCAGAAUCCUGCAGAGAGACUAUGUAUAUAUUCAGAUGAGCCUACAAGUUGUAGAAGAAAUGGCUUUCCCUGAAUACCCCGAGUACAACGACAUAUUCAAUGACACUUCCAUUCAUUGGUUCCCUUUAGAGAAACUAGAGACAUUACCCAGUAAAGCAUGGGAGCUUCAGAAUGAGCCAAGUUACCAGGGGUGUGAAGAUGUGGAGAUUAUCCAGAACAAGAAGAGGUAGCAAUGCAGGAAUUCUAUACUCUAUUUUGAUGGACAUAAAUAACUUGUGAGGAAAUAAGAAAGAUUUCAAAAGACAAACAAACCAAUUGCUCUUUGCAGAUAUAAAAUGGGGGAUUCAAGCACAUUAAACUAUAUAGUGCAGUGCAUGAAGUCUUAGAACUCCAAUACAGUAACACAGUGUAUAGUGUCAGACAGGCACAGUCCCGGUACCAGUUUAAGAAAGAUUUCUCUUUUCAAAUCAACAAACAUUUUUUUCAGCAAAGGUUUUAUGUAUUUGGAGAAUUUGAAAACCUGUUUAUCUCAGAAAAUGCACUCUUGAUUGAUGCUUAAUAUCACUGGCAUUUGCUCAGCUGCAGUCUUGUAAUAGUGAAUAAAGCUCAGUGACACAUCUCAUACUAGUUUGCCUGUGGAUAAGGCAUUUGAUUGGUAAAUGUCUAUGCUCGUUAUUACUAUUAUGACUAGUACAUCUCGGUUCUCCGAUAACUAAAAAAUGGAACUUUAAACUAAAACUGGCAAAUACCAGUUUCCUCAGAGAUCCGAAGCAUUUUUUUUCAAAGCAGGAUUGACAAAAACGCAGAUCACUACAAAGGUAACUUUAUUAAAGGGACAAUGUACCUUAAAUUUUCCUCCUCUUUAAUUUGUUCCCAAUGAUCCAUUAUUUAUCCAAUGUACCUGUUGUAGUGUAUUAAAUUGUUUAAAAAUUACUAAUUUACCUUUAUUUCUGUAUUUGAAAUUGCUGAUUUUGCCUGUGGUAUUCAUGCCUAUACUGGAAGUUUCUAUGCUUAAAGGGACAAUAAACCCAAAAAAAUCUUUCAUGAUUCAGAUAGAGAAUACAAUUUUUAAAAAGUUUCCAAUAAACUUUUAUUAUCAAAUUUAUUUAAUUCUCAUGUUAUUCUUUGUUGAAGGGAUACCUAGGUAGGUAGCGUGCAAACGCCUGAAGCACUACAUGACAGGAAAUAGUGCUGCCAUCAAGUGCUCCUGCUAAUGUAUAACAUUGUUGCAAAACUGCUGCUAUAUAGUGCUGCAGACACGUGCACACUCUUGAGCUUACAUUUCUGCUUUUCAACGAAUGAUAACUAGAAAACGAAGAAAAUGUGAUAAUAGAAGUAUAUUAGAAAGUUGUUUAAAACUUUAUGUUCUAUCUAAAUCAUGAACGAAAAUGUUUGGGUUUUAUGUCCCUUUAAGUAUUGUGUAUAGAAAAGCUGUGUAAACAUAGCCAGCAGAAAAAAAUUACACUCCCAGUUGGGGUUAGGAGAGAUAAGUAGUAAAAUGUUGACAUUUCAGUUGUUCUUUUUAAGUAUUGGGCUUUGGUUUACAGACAAAGAUAAUAUAAAGAAGCAUGUGUGUGUACAGAAAGUGAUAAGAUAAGGAGAUCUUAUUUACCUGCAAUUUCAACCCAUUUGAAUGGGUUGUGGUUCCAAAGAACAAAAUCAGCUAUUUCAUAUACAUACAUUUUAUUCUCUGCAGCUGGUAUAACAAGUCAUUGAAAACACCUUAAGUACAUUGUACUUUUUAUGUUUUUCCUUUUUAAAAAUGUAUUAAUUCAAAGGCAGGAACAAUCUUAUAAAUAUACUCUUAUGGCUGAAUCAUAUUUUUGUGAAAUUAAAAAUGUAGUAUUGGUUUAUUGAAAUGUUAUAUUGAAACAUUUUAUUAUAUCAGGUAAUGCUGGGAGAGAGUUAAACUAAUUUUAAAUAUAAUAAAGAUGCCUAAUAAACAUA